CAGAGUGAAUUAGACACCGGAGAACUUCGUUAAACAGCCGAGAGCUCCUCAGCGGCUGAAAAGUACACUCACGAGGCUUAUAUUUUUUAUCUCUUUUAUCGGAUAACCUGUAUAAGCAGUCAUGGUGGCUAUGGCGAAGAAAGUGAAGACCUUUCAAAUUGUCUUUACGGACCCUUGCAAGACUUUCUACUGCGGCGGGGAUAAAGUGUCCGGUCGGGUGGAAGUGGAGGUGAACGAGGUGACUCGUGUGUCCGCGGUGAAGGUGCUGGGUCUGGGCUGCGCCAAGGUGGAGUACGCUAAAGGCAAGCAGCGGUGCCGACAGGAGGCCGAGUACCUCCGAUAUGAAGAGGUUCUGCGACUGGACGACCAGCCUACAGACUCUGAUGGAUCGGUUGUCUUGAGGCCUGGCAACAAAUACGAGUACACAUUUGGAUUUGAGCUCCCCCAGCAAGGGCAGCUGGUGUCAUCAUACAAGGGGAAGUUUGGAUAUGUCCAUUACUAUGUAAAGGCCAAGAUGGAGAGGCCACACCAACCUGUCCUUGAGUGUAAGAAGCCCUUUGAGGUGGAGGAACCCCUGGACGUCAACACCCCUGACCUGCUGUCUCCCACAGGUGGCAUGAAGGAAAAGAAGGUCACCUGCAUGUUCAUCCCCGAUGGCCAGGUGUCGCUGAAUGCAAAAAUCGACCGCCGUGGCUUCUGCGAAGGCGAAGACAUCUGCAUUAACGCAAAGUUUGAGAACACCUGCUCCCGCAUUGUGGUGCCCAAGGCCGCUAUCAUUGCCAAACACACCUACCAGGCCAACGGCCGCACAAAGGUCUUCCGCCAGAAGCUGUCUUCAGUGCGUGGUAACCACAUCAUUUCUGGCAUGUGUGACGCAUGGCAAGGAAAGACAAUCAGGGUGCCAAAGAUCAAACCGUCCAUGCUGGGCUGCAACAUUAUUCGUGUGGAGUACGCGCUAAUGAUUUACAUCCACAUCCCUGGUAGUGAGAAGCUGAUCCUGGAGCUGCCUCUGGUCAUUGGUACAGCCGGUCUGGGCAGCCGCAGCAACAGCGUGAGCAGCCAGGAAGGUUCAGUCAGCAACGCCUCCCAGAGCUGGGUGUCUCUCAGGAUGCCCUCAGAGCCUCCCAGCUACUGUGACAUCACCCGUGACUGCCGCCUGGAUCAGCCCCUCACGCCACUCCUGGAUGACUUUGACGGUGACGACAGCCCCAUCUUCAUGAACGCGCCAUCCUUCCAAUUCCCACCACCUCCAGCAUACACUGAGGCUGAGGAGGAGUACAAUGGCAAUACUCGCAUGAUGCCGGUCUGCUGAAGUCCAGCAGGGAUUCGAGAACCGUGGUCCAGCUCUCAGGGACCAUUCUUCUAAAGCACUUGAAAAGACGCAGAAGGUCCAAACUCCAGAUGACACGUGCCAGAUGGAGAAGUAAAGCUAGAAAUGUGGAAAUGGGACAGAACGAGGCUCGUCUGUUCUGUCCGCCGUCUUCCCCUCGCUUCAUCACCUACGCUGAUCUUGAGUCUUCCUCUUGGUGCUCUGAAGGUUGCACCACAGCGGCUGUGGGGCGCUGCAUUUCUGAAUAAGCUGUUCCUUCCAGAGACUCAGACUUUCAGGGUCUCACUGUCCAUUCACAGACACUUUAUGACUUUGUUUUUGGGGCCAAGCAUUAUACAAAGCUGCCCCCAGCCUGCUGUGACAGCUUUGACAUUUAAGGGGUUUGUCUUAUCCUCAUGAUGCUUUUUCAUUCCUGUUAAACUCUGAUUUUAAGGGAUUUCCCCAGAGGAACCAUCUGUUUCGUUGACUCCAGUCAGCUUGUGUCGCUGUAUAGACUGUGUCAGGAAUGUUUUUGCCUUUUGAGAAUUACGUCAUGCAGAAUAAUCUUCCUCGAAUGCUAAUAGUACCUCAUGCAACAUCUUUAUUUUCCCAUGUACCAGUGUUUGAAAAAAAUGUUUUGUUCUUGUUUUUUAUUGCACUUUUCGAUUGAUGCAUUUUGCUCUACUACUGCCUAUGUGAGUUUCUUUUUAUGUUUUGUUUGAACGAUGUUUGUGAUGUGGAGAGUGCAACGCUGUGGUUACCCACUCUAAACUUAUUGGAACCUCAACUUAGAUUUUCAAAUCCCAGCUUGGUGAUUGGCUGUAAUUUUUCGACACUGCAAGUGCCAAACAUUGUCCAUAUAAUUUAAACGCUCCGAUAUUAUGGGACGCACCUUAUGUGAGGAUAAUCAUUGUAUCUGAUCUGCAGUUGUCAAAGACAACAUUUCACUGGUGGUUUCACAACAUCUGUUCUUUCAGGGCGCAUGGAAAAUUGCAGGUUAAGACUGAUUUGUGAGAAAGUAUGUUUGCGAUGCAUCCUUGAUACUUACAAGUAUUUUUUGUAUGAGACCCUAUGGGUUUGUUUUUUUAAAUAAAGAAUUAUUGGAAAAUA